UCUGGGCCCCCCAGGCCGGAGGGAUGGAAUAGCCCGCCCCACCCUCGCGUCACUUCUCUGCUCCCCAAGCCGCCUUGUGAUGCUGUUGCGCGGCCCGAGAGCGGGCUUCACCCUCCCCAGCCUGGCGGUCUCGCUCCCAGUUGUGUUGUUCAGUCUCUCAGUCCUGUCGGACUCUGCGAUCCCACGGACUCACAGUAGACUCAGCUGUUUUGGAUGAAUGAUUAGUGAAUGAAACAAAGAUCUCCGGAACUUUGAGUCGGUCCUCUAAGCCUUAGCUUCUGGUCUAGCACCACUCAGAGUGCCACCUGGACCUAUGGUAGUGGGUCAGUGAAAAGCCUGGUAUUGGGCCCCAGAACAGAUAGGAAUGGUGCGGCCAGACCUAGGGAGAUGAGAGGGGCUGAGAUAAGAUGGAGCGUGGGGAAGGAAGUGCUGGGGCAUCGUCAGGAAACUCAGGGAGGCAUCAACAAGACCUACAGACGAGUCGAGGGGCAGAGUCCUGGGGAAAUGGGUGUUGGUCCAAUGGACAGUUUGUGGAGGUCUGGAUGAGGGUGGCCUUGAAAGCCCCACUUGAAGCGGCCUAAUUUACUGAGGAAUAGAGUUUGCCAAUGAAGAAGGGACCCUCACCUGUUCUAGGUUCAAAGGCUUUCAGCAUAUGCCCACCACCUGGCCCUGUUGCUGGCAGCUGAGAGCCCAGGAGGGUGGUGAGUGGGGAGAGGCAGCACCUCCCUCUCUUUCCCUAACCUUACACUCCCUGACCCCCUUGGGCAAGUCAUCUUACCUUUCUCUGCCUCAGUGUCUUCCAUCUGUAAAUUGGGAAUGGGUACCUGAUUGAGGACAGGAGGAAAAGGGGGUGAUAGAGGAUGAGAUGGUUGGAUGACAUCAUCGACUCAAUGGAUCUGAGUUUGAGCAAACUUCAGGAGAUAGUGAAAGACAGGGCAUGCUGCAGUCCAUGGGGUCACAAAGAGUCAGACGUGACUGAGCAACUGAACAACAAUAACCACCCAAUAUGCAUGCUGUUAAGAUUACAUGAGUUAAUACGUUUACGUUUUUGGAAUGGUGUGUAGCACAUGGGAGUACCUGACAGGCUUCCACAAGAGGAAGGUGGAGCGGAAGAAGGCAGCCAUUGAGGAGAUCAAGCAGCGGCUGAAGGAGGAGCAGAAGAAGCUCCGAGAAGAGCGCCACCAGGAAUACUUGAAGAUGCUGGCAGAGAGAGAGGAGGCUCUGGAGGAGGCCGACGAGCUAGACCGGCUGGUGACAGCGAAGACAGAGUCGGUGCAGUAUGACCAUCCCAACCACACAGUUACCGUGACCACCAUCAGUGACCUGGACCUCUCAGGGGCCCGGCUGCUCGGCCUGCCCCCGCCUGAGCAAGGGGCCGGGCCUGGGCCUGAGGAGGAGGCGUCAUCUGUGGAGAAGCCGACCAGAGCUUUACCCAAGAAGUCCAGAGACCCUCUGCUGUCCCAGCGGAUCUCCUCUCUCACGGCCUCACUGCAUGCACACAGUCGCAAAAAGGUCAAGAGGAAACGUCUUCGCCGGGCCCAGGACACCACCAAGAAGCCCCCGAGCGCCACUCGUACCAGCAAGACCCAGCGCCGCCGGCUGACAGGCAAAGCCCGGCACAGCGGGGAGUGAGCUCUGAGACCCCGGCCAGGCACCAGCCUGGUCAGCAAGGACCUGUCCUGUCUCAUAACCCAGCCUGCACCCAGGCAGUGACGACAGCCCAAGCUUGGGAGGCCAGCACCCCUCCAGCCUGGAGUUUGGACUCCAGAAGGUGCAGGCAGCUGAGAGCCGGCCUCCCCCAGGAGAAGCCUCCGGGGCCAAGUUUGGGGUGUCUGCCCAAAUAUGUACCUCCCUGGACCUUCAUCAGAUUUGUGAAACUGCA